AUGAACUACAUACGGUCGACGGUUAAUACCCUUCGGGACCGGUACACCCCUGUAUCGCACAACUCGACAUUCCGACAAACCGGCCAGGUCACUCCAGAAGAAUUCAUCGCGGCGGGUGACUACCUGGUGUAUAAAUUCCCAACGUGGUCCUGGGGCGAUGCUGACUCCGAGGACCGGCGGGUGAGCUACCUCCCCGCAGGGAAGCAAUACCUCGUCACACGGAAUGUACCUUGCCACCGGAGGCUGAACGACGAUUUCGCUGGAGAUGCAGGCCAUGAGGAGGCCAUCGUCAACGAUGGCGACGACUUCAAGGGCGCGGGUGGAGCAGCUGACGACGAUGGCUGGCUGCGAACCGGCGGGCUGGCCAGCUCACAGCCUCUGAAGGCACGGGACGUCAGGGCGGUUGAUGAUGCGGGAAACUUGGCUGAUACAACGGACUUGGACGACGACAUCCCCGACAUGGAGGACGAGGACGACGACGAUGCCAUUAUUCGUGACACGAGUGCCGAAUCCAAGAGCGCCGGACGACGAACAUAUACCCUGUACAUCAUGUACUCACCGUACUACCGGACUCCGCGUCUCUACCUCUCGGGCUACCUGCCCAACGGACAGCCCCUGCCUCCGCAGAGCAUGAUGGACGACAUUGUAGGCGACUACAAGGACAAAACCGUCACCCUCGAGGACUUUCCCUUCUUCGCCAACAACAUCAAAAUGGCUAGCGUGCACCCAUGCAAGCAUGCCUCCGUCAUGAAGACGCUUCUCGACCGUGCGGACGCUGCCCUCCGCAUUCGUAGGGACAAGCUCCGGUCCGGCAAGGCCGUUGGCAGUGAUCCCGGCAUGGAGGGCCUGGUAGACGAAGUGGCCAAGCUUGAUGUCAAGAGUGCACAGGAAGCUGCUGACAAGGAUGAGUGGGAGGAGGUCGAGGGUGUGGACGCUGAUGAGCAAGAGGUUGCCAUCCGGGUAGAUCAGUAUCUUGUCGUUUUCCUCAAGUUCAUGGCAAGCGUUACACCAGGCAUUGAACACGACUUCACGAUGGGGGUGUGA